AUGAAGAUUUCAGGGAGCGCGCGUGAACGCCUGUUACGGCGCCAUAGAUUUAUGGUUCCCGACGAUCUUGUCGUUGGCAAGAUGGGUGGGGAAAACUUGGUCAACCAGAUGGCGAACUUUCAUAGCUGGGUGCUCGAAACUAUGGAUGACAUGGUGUCAGCCCAGACGGACGAGGAGACACUGCGGGAGAAGUGCCAGCCAAUCUUCUUGAAGCAAGCUGCUCGACCGCUUCGUGUGCCCGUGGAAAGCUUGGACUCGAACGACAUUGAUGCCGAGCCGUUGCGAAAGGGUUUUCAUGCCUGGCACCACGAAAGUGGCAAGGGCUACUCGCAAAACAAGACGCUCGAAGUGCCAUAUUUCCUGGUGGGAGAAACUUGUGUGCGGAUGCAGUGGCUGAUGCUCGCUAACGGGCCGUCGCUCAAGAUGAGAGUGUAUGGCGAUGCGACACUCUAUGUGUCUGCUCAAGUUUUUCCAGGUGACGCGGUUUUGCCGCAACCGUCUGAGAGAAAGUCAAAGACUUCUCACACCUCUGGCGGGUCAUCGCCGCAGAGCCCCGUAAGUGCUGCUGGCGUGAGGAAGGCGUUGCGCCUAGAAAGUACUGUGCCUGCGUGGCCUGCGGAUGAGCUCCCAUUGGUCCGCACUGGCUUCAACGAAAAGUGGCGAGGUGAGAGCGGCUAUGGCGAGUUCCGGCGAGUUGAAGGCUUUUCCAUUUUCGUAGAUACACAGAAUGCGAUGGAGCUUCCUCUCUACAAGAUUGUACUGGCCAGUCCAAGCGACUUCGACGAGGAGUACAUCGAUGUGGUCAUCCAGUGGAACUUCAAGACGGCAUGCGAGGCGCUGACAGUCGUUUUGCGCCGUGGGCAUGUGCACUGCAAAGAGGAGGAUUUCCCUCUCUUUGAGUUCAACACUGAAGUGAAAAAGAUGUUGCCUUUGAGACGCUACGCGGGAAACUUUUUGGCUGAAGGCACCAUUUGCCUGCUGGUGGCAACCUGUCUGCUGAUGACGGGCAGGAUGUAUAAUUUCAACAUCACGGCGGGAAUCCCGUGGGCGUUUGAGGUUGCCUUGUCCUUUGUGGCGCUCCUUCCUGGAUGCGUGCUCCUUCGAAUCAUGCCUGUUGAGACGGCACAAAGCGAGGUUUUGCAGAUCGCUGAAAUGAACGAGCCAAAGCAGUCGUUCUUCACGCAGUUCAGAAGAACUAUGUCUGGACAUGCGAUGAACCGCUCCGGUCGGGACUUGGGAAUGGCAAUGAAGCGCCUCAACUCACGCGAUUCGGGCGCUGCGCGCUCCGACAGCGCCGGCUCGGAGCUGGACGAGGAGAACUACACCUCCGACUUGGCUGACCGAUUAGCGGCGAUGGAAGCACUCGACAGGUCCGGCUCCGAAGAUGAAGAAAGCGCGAUUGUGCGGGAGGGGGACUUGCAGGGUGCAUCGCCCAGUUCGGUCUCAGCUCCACGGACGGAGAUGUCUUCCAUGUCCUUUGGAUGUUGCUCUCCGGAGUCGGCCCCGUGUCGAGAAGUGAUUCAAGCAGCCAGUUCAAAGGUCAACGCAGUUACGACGAGUUGCCAGAACGUGUGGCGUGUGCCUCCAGAUUCACAUGCCGGCACAAAGCGAUAUCGCCGAAGGGUGUCAGCGUACAGCGACCUGCGAACCUACGCAAAAACCAAAGCGCCGGAGACACGCGCUGCCCGUGCCAAGAACAGCUUGAAGGCCCUCUGGGCAGACCUCAACCAUGGAAAGGCCCAGAUCGCUACAGUUCUGGACGGUCGCGACCUUGUGUUGACAGCGGAGGAACAUCUAGGUGUUCGUGGCUGCUGGGCCAAGCUUUUGUGUUUCCAUUGGCCAUCGGUUUUCGCUUUCCAGCUCGCUGAUCUGCCACGUGCCACGAGGCUCUCGACAUCAAGCACAGCUGAGCAAGCGGCCUGGGGUGCUUGCCUCCAUUCUUUCAGCCUACUGCGGCUGCUUGGGCAGGCAGCACGCUUGUCGCCGCCGCAAGCUUACAUUCGGCGCGCUUCCGGUGGUAUCCUGCAAAAGUUCGCAGCUGUGGAAAGUGGGUGGUACCAGCCAGUCGGACCCGUACUCACCGUGCCAGGCAACGUGCGAGGCAUGGGGCUGAUGGACGAGCAUGUUGCAGUCAUUAGCGAUGAGGGAGUGUUCCGCACGGCUGAGCUGAAUUCGUCUUGGAUCAACUCCACUUCUGGAGAUGCCUCGGAGGGACCCCUGGGACUCCUGAUGCAGAGCGAUGAAGCCGUGGCCGCAGCAGCGCUGCUGCCUCCUGCCGCCGCGGGGGUGGAGUUAUCUGCUGCCUCGCUGAGCGGUGGGGACCUUCCGGGCACUGCAGCAGUGGCCGUUGUCGGCUCCGACGGACUGCUCCGCCUUUGUCGCUUACCGUCUGCACCAGGAGAGCCUUUGGAAGUACUGCUGGAGCUCACGCUUGGUUUGGGGCAGGUUCAGGGUCUGCGACUAUGCCACGCAGCAGCUUGUGGCAGCAAUGAGGCCGUCUUGUGGGUUGCCGACUCAGAGGGCAGCGUCCAUGCUAUCAGCCUUGACAGCGGUGACAUCCGUGCGACCUUCACUGCAGAUCUUCCAACAAGAGGAGCGCGUGUCGUUGCUUUGAGUGGCAACAGUUCCCAUUUGGCUGCUUUGCUGGUGCUUGACAGCCUGGAGCCACAACUGGUUGCAGCACAAUACCCUAUUCUGGACAUGUCAGGCAAAGGGCGCUGUGCAGUUGCAGCUCGCACGCUGGGUGCUGGCGAGGUCGUUUUGAUUGAGCAACCUUGGGCAGUGGUGCUUCUGCCAGGGCAACACCAGCGCUGUGACUUCGGCCUCAGCAAUGAUGGAAAGCUCCUGCAUCUCGCUCAAACGCACAAUGCGUAG